CCUUGAGGAAGAAAAACCAAAAUUGCGACUUCGGGUCAUAAAGUUCCCUUAUAUAUCCAACAAGUUCAAUCAUAUCAUUACAAAUUUGUGAUUGAUCCAGCUAGUGCAAUCCUUGUUUUCACAGUUUUCAAGUUUUGGUUACUGCAAUUCCCUGCACUUGGACCUGACAAUUUUCGUCAGUUUACUCUGAAACUCUCUCAUAUCUCUUUCGGCUUUUUCUCACAUGGGAGCAGAAAUUAUUGAAGGUUGUGUUAUAAUGGAGAAGUCCAAUGGCAAAGUGUCACAGCUUAGUGUGAAGCAAGGAGAGCCAACCCUGGUUUGUCCUGCUGAAGUGACAGAAAAGGGUCUAUACUUUCUCUCUAAUCUUGACCAAAAUAUUGCAGUGAUUGUUCGCACCAUAUAUUGCUUUAAGUCAGAUGAGAAAGGGAAUGAAAACGCUGGAGAAGUGAUCAAGGAUGCAUUGACAAAGGUUCUUUGUCAUUACUAUCCCCUUGCUGGGCGGCUAACAAUCAGCUCAGAGGGUAAACUAAUCGUGGACUGCACCGGGCAAGGGGCUGUCUUUGUUGAAGCUGAAGCAAACUGUAAGAUGGAGGAGAUUGGAGACAUAACAAAGCCUGAUCCUGAGACUCUUGGGAAUUUGGUUUAUAACAUUCCUGGUGCAAAAAACAUGCUAGAGAUCCCACCUCUAGUGGCUCAGCUGACCAGGUUCCAAUGCGGGGGAUUUGUCCUUGGCCUGUGCAUGAACCAUUGCAUGUUUGAUGGCAUUGGUGCUAUGGAAUUUGUCAACUCAUGGGGUGAAACAGCUCGAGGUUUGCCACUAACUAUCCCUCCAUUCUCAGACAGAGCCAUUCUGAAAGCCCGAAGCCCACCUAAGAUAGAGUACCUGCAUCAGGAAUUUGCUGAGAUAGAGGACAAGUCCAGCACUUGUGAUCUCUACAAAGAUGAAAUGCUCUAUAGAUCUUUCUGUUUUGAGCCUGAGAAGCUUGAGAAACUAAAGAAAAACGCUAUAGAAGAUGGGGCUCUUAAAAAAUGUUCUACGUUUGAAGCUCUUUCAGCAUUCGUGUGGAGAGCUCGCACCAAGGCACUUAACAUGCUGUCUGACCAACAAACAAAGCUUCUUUUCGCCGUUGAUGGCAGGCCUAAAUUCAAUCCACCUCUACCUAAAGGCUACUUCGGCAAUGGUAUUGUAUUGACAAAUUCCAUAUGCGAAGUAAGUGAGCUAUUGGACAAGCCAUUUUCACAUGCCGUGGGCCUGAUUCAGGAUGCAAUUAAGAUGGUUACUGAUGGUUACAUGAGAUCAGCCAUAGAUUACUUUGAGGUGACAAGAGCUAGGCCCUCUUUGUCAUCCACUCUGCUCAUCACUACAUGGUCUAGGCUAUCUUUCCACACUACAGAUUUCGGAUGGGGAGAGCCUGUUCUAUCAGGGCCAGUUGCAUUGCCAGAGAAGGAAGUGAUCUUGUUCCUAUCUCAUGGCAAAGAGAGGAAAAGCAUAAAUGUUCUUUUAGGGUUGCCAGCUUCUGCCAUGAAGGUCUUUCAAGAACAGAUGCAGAUUUAGAUAACAAGAAUUGCAGAAUGUUGUUAUACUCUCUCUUCUAUUUCACUGUUCUAAUUCAAUUCUCUUUGUGGUAUAUUACUACGUUUGUCCGUACACAUGAGGCUGAUCAGCAAAAGAAAAAUUAUGCAUGAUCAAGUACCAAGUAAAGUUGGCACAGGAUAAGAGGGAUACCAAAGGUGAAAAUUCUAAGCUGUGUGGGGUGGUUCGUUUUUCUUUUAAUGUGGAUUUUAUAAUUUUCAAAGCUGGAGGCACAUCAAUUUUAACUUGUAUUCCCCAUAAGUUAUGUAUCUUUGAUUUAAAAUUUAAUGUAAUCUCUUGUAUUUCAUUCUUUA